AUGUUCGCCAAAAUCGCGAAAGGCGCCUUCUCGAAUGGCAAGCAGCUCGUCCGGCGGCAGAGCAGCGGCGGCCUCGCCCAGUCUUCGAUGGAAUCGGGACCCAGCCGUCACUACAUGACGCAGGGCGUGACGUUGGCCACACUGGCUUCCGGCGGCAUCAUCGCCUACUCCUACUUUCACCCUCAUCAGCCCGAGGAGACGCGCCACGAU